AUUUUUUAUCCAAACAUGAGCGAAAUUGAGCAGCUGAAGAAACAGGUAGAAGCGCAGGGUGGCGUUGUGCGCCAGCUCAAGGCGGACAAGGCGGACAAGGCCGCGAUCGACGAGCAGGUCAAGGUUCUUCUGAGCCUGAAGGACAAGCUGCGCAUUGCUUCGGGCGAGCCUGCGUCCGGCAGCAAGAGCGCAAAGUCAUUCUCGCUCAAGACUCCAAAGGGCACGAAGGACUAUACGGCCAAGGAGAUGUCUGUGCGCUCCAAGAUUUUCUCGACCAUCACCUCGGUGUUUGAGAAGCACGGAGCAGUGACUAUUGAUACGCCGGUGUUUGAGCUGAAGGAGAUCCUGACGGGCAAGUACGGAGAGGACAGCAAGCUGAUCUACGAUCUGAAGGACCAGGGCGGCGAGGAGUGCUCGCUGCGGUACGAUCUGACAGUGCCGUUUGCGCGCCACGUGGCCAUGAACGGCAUCUCCAACGUCAAGCGGUUCCAGAUCGCCAAGGUGUAUCGCCGUGACCAGCCGGCAAUGACCAAGGGGCGGAUGCGUGAAUUCUACCAGUGCGAUUACGAUAUUGCCGGGCAGUACGACGCGAUGAUUCCCGACGCCGAGUGCGUGCGUGUAGCCGUCGAGGUGCUGACGAGCCUGGAUGUGGGCAGCUUUGUGAUCAAGAUCAACCACCGCAAGAUCCUGGAUGCUAUCUUCGAGGUGUCGGGUGUGCCCGAGGACAAGAUCCGCACGAUUUCGUCGGCUGUCGAUAAGCUGGAUAAGCUGCCGUGGGCGGACGUCAAGAAGGAGAUGACGGAGGAGAAGGGGCUGGACGAGAGCGUGGCGGACAAGAUUGGCGAGUACGUGAGGCUGAGUGGACGCGAGGAGCUGCUUGACAAGCUGCGUGCCCUGCCUGAGCUGAUGGCAAGCAGCAAGGCGCAGGAGGGUGUGGCCGACAUGGACCUGUUCUUCAAGUACGCCAAGAUCUACAACAUCCUGGACUACGUGUCGUUCGAUAUGUCGCUGGCCCGCGGUCUGGACUACUACACAGGCAUCAUCUACGAGGCGGUUCUUACCGAGGAAAAUGUGCGGCCGACCGAGGCCCAGCCGACAGCAACCGGGGCCAAGGAGGUGAAGGAGGGCGGUGAGAUCGACGAGUCACAGGUGCGCGUCGGGUCGAUUGCGGCUGGUGGCCGGUACGACGAGCUGGUGGGUAUGUUCUCUGCGGCGCGGCGCGGCGGCAAGGCCAAGGGCAAGAACAGCAAUGUCCCGUGCGUGGGCAUUUCCUUUGGUGUCGAGCGCAUUUACUCCAUCGUCAUGUCCAGGCUGCCGGCGGAGACCAUCAAGGCCAACAAGACGCAGGUCGCCUUGAAGAUUGCGACUGAGCUGUGGGAUGCCGGCAUUCCGGCCGAGUUCACCUACAAGGUCAAGCCGCGUCUGCAGUCACAGUACAACACGUGCGACCAGGAGGUCAUCCCGUGGGCUGUGCUCAUCGGCAGCGAUGAGGUCGCUAGCGGCAACGUCAAGAUUAAGAACAUGGCCGUCAAGGUCGAGGGCGAGGAGGGCGGCGUCACCGUCAAGCGGAGCGACAUGAUCAGCGAGCUCAAGCAGCGCCUCGGUCUGUAAACGAGGAGAUUAAAGUUUGGGAUUAAUGGAUUUUUGCUUGCUUGAAAAUUAUUAGUUGCCUUAUCA